CUCUUUUCGAAAAAGCCCCCCACCAUAAUCGAUCGCUCGUAGUUCUCCCCUGCCCCGAUCUAAUAAGAGCAGGUAUUUAUCGUCGUCCCUCCCCGCCAACCAAAUCACCUGGAGUUCCCUUGAGACUUGCGGCCCUCUGAACCAUGGAUCCAGCAAGCAUGAGUCGCUGUGUCGUUCGAAGCGCCAAAAAGGUGCCUGCGGUGAGGUACUAUAGCAUCGUCCACGAUGUCCCUAGAGGCGGUCCUGGCCUUGCUCAGACCUCUCCCCCACCACCGCCUCAGUCACGGUCUGUUUUCGACCAGGCCGUCAACGCGACGGGCCCUCGCAACAACUGGACCAAAGAGGAGAUUUCGCAAAUACACCAGACACCUCUCAUGGAACUCGCUUUCGCUGCUGGCUCCGUCCACCGCAGAUUCCACAAGCCCUCGGCUGUGCAGUUAUGUACACUGAUGAACAUCAAGACCGGCGGAUGUACCGAAGAUUGUUCCUACUGCGCCCAGUCAUCUCGGUACAAGACCAAUCUCCAAGCUACCAAACUGUCUACGGUCGACUCGGUGAUCGAAGCUGCAAAGAUCGCAAAGGCCAAUGGAUCCAACCGAUUCUGCAUGGGAGCCGCUUGGCGGGACAUGCGUGGCCGGACAAGAGGUAUGAAGAACAUCGUCGACAUGGUCAAAGGAGUCAGAUCGUUAGGAAUGGAAGCAUGUGUCACACUCGGUAUGCUGGACAAGCAGCAAGCCAAGGAGCUGAAAGAGGCCGGAUUGACGGCGUAUAACCACAACAUCGACACGUCAAGAGAACACUACCCGAACGUCAUCACCACGAGAAGCUACGACGAGCGCCUACAGACGCUGGAGAACGUCCGUGAAGCAGGUAUACACGUCUGCAGCGGUGGCAUUCUCGGUUUGGGCGAGACCCCUCGCACCGACCACGUCGGGCUCAUUCACACAUUGGCAACGUUGCCUGAACACCCUGAAUCGUUCCCCGUCAACAAGCUUGUCCCCAUCAAGGGAACACCGAUGUUUGGCCAGGACCCUGUGAAGCUAGAAGACAUGGUCAGAUGCAUCGCGACCGCACGCUUGGUCAUGCCAAAGACCAUUAUCAGAAUUGCAGCAGGAAGAGUGACAAUGCCGGAAAGCGAGCAGAUGCUUUGCUUCAUGGCAGGAGCCAAUGCCAUCUUCACGGGCGAGAAGAUGUUGACCACGGAGUGCAAUGGCUGGGACGAGGACAAGGAAAUGUUUGAACGAUGGGGCUUGAGUCCAAUGCAGACGGAGGCCAGCAAAGUCGUUGAAGAGCCCAAAUUUGAGGCUCAGAGCUUUUCGCACAUGAGAGACGAGGACAAGACAUCUUCGCAACCUCAGGCGUAGGAUAUAGAUAAAAUUAUAAAAACUCCUGAG